GGUGCGUUGGGUCAGACCGGACCCAACCGGCCAUCUCUAGUCAUCAAUUUGACGGGGUCCCAGUAAACACCAUCCUAGUUUCUUCAAUCUAGCAAGGGAGGAAGUGAUACUUGAGCAACAAGGAAGAGACCUAGACGGCAAGGGAGAAAGAGAAUGGCAGCGUUGAAGAAUUUUAUUGGCAAAGUCGCCGGUGCAUUCAAAACUAGCAAGCCGCGUGUAACUCCGGUGAAGGAGACAGUGCUGGAAAACUAUUCCGAUAAUCAUGUCCGCAAUCUCUUGACGCCGGUGACGGCGACGGUGACUGGAGUCGUGCAGAAGGGUUACGACGUUAGCCGACAGGUUGACGGCGCCUUUAGAACUCAAGCGCGUGUUAUUCACGAGUACUUUUCCGAUGAUCAGAUACGUGAACUCUUGACUCGUAACCUAAAAUUUCUCGCCCAAAAUGGUGCUCUUUUUGUCGCCCGUAGUUAUGGGGGUGGUCCAAUCAUUGAUAUUGUUUCUUCGACAAUGCAAAACCGAGAUGCUGCUUAUCAAAAGGAAAGACUGGAGGACCUGGAGAAUAAAGUAGCUAAACUUGAGAAGGCCCUGUGUUCUAGGCAAUUCCGUGUGGAAGCUGAUAUAUACAUGGCAUGUACUAAUUCCCAUGAUAUACUGGCCUUGAGAACACGUGUCAAACCGAAUCCUGAGGAGAUACUACGGAUAUUCUUGAUGAAGCACUUAGGCCUGAAGAUUGUGGACGAUUUUGCUAUGGCCAAUGUUAGAUCUAACAAGGAUCUGAAGCCAGCAGAGUUGCGUUAAUAGAGAGCCCGGCAUUGUGAAUUAGAAGAUGAAGCAAGAUGAGUUCUUUGUUUUGGGAUGGUGGUGUUGUUUGCAUCAAAUGUAAUUAUUGAUUUCAGAAUUAUGUGCUUAGAGUAAAGUCUGAAUGGUAAUUUGUUUCCAGGAACAAAUGUAGUUUAAGGCGAAACUGCGAUCAAGUUUGCUUUUCAUGAUGAAGGGAGACUGGGAGACACUCCACAAGUGCAAUGCCGUGGACAAUUUGAAGCCUGCUACAAGUGCAACAUGCUCUGAUGACUGAUGACUGAUGACUGAUGACUGAUGACUGACGAGUGAACUUAGAAAUCAGUUUUCAUUCCUAGAUACUCACUGUAAUUAACUUAUCAAGAACUCGGCUUGGAUUUAAUCAUCACAUCACUAAUUGAUUUUACAUAUAACUUCACGUACGAGUAUAUAGUUCAAGUCUAUGAUGGUCGAUUUUAAAUCACAAUAAGACUUCAUUUUAUUGGACAUGAUUAAACAUCUUUUAAAGACGUGCGGAAUAUAGUAAGUACAAGUCUGUAAUUUGACUUUGAAAAUACUAAGGUUGCCAUGAAGCAUAUAAAACUUUUUGUUUGACAAUGAUCUUAAUCCCACUUUCCCACCUGCUUCUUGCCUAUUAGUAGACUAUGAACGUUUGUUCACACACAAAUAUCAUUUUUUUUAUUUCAAUCUAUAUGAAGCACCUAUGUCGUUAGGAGACCCUUCCCUUAAGGAGAACAUAUAAAGCAUAACUUGAUAUCACUCUACUCUACGCAAACACUUCAAUUUAGUCACGUUAUUAAUGUUAUACGGAGUAAUAGCCAACUCCGUCACACCACGCCACCACCCUUUCCUCCUCCGCCGUCAACAUCACACCACAACAACCAACUCCCCCUUCUCUAUCCAACCCCUCCAAAACACGAAAUGUUUUUAUAAUAUUUCUAUUCUUCACAAUGAAUCAUCAUCUUUUUUAAUCUUGCACUAGUUAAAACUGUCUCUUCCUCUCCCAAAAAGGUGUCCUUUCUAGUUGCUUCCAAUUCCGACUUUCAUAUCUUCUACCUCAUUUUGCUAUUACAAACGAUUCUCUUUAUCACUUAUUAGAUUCUCAAAGCAUCAAAAUCUUGUUUUAUGAUCAAAAUUCCUUCUGAUAUUGAAGUAUCUCAAUCUGGGUACUCAAAAAAGUUUUCAUCUUUUUAUUUUUCAAUUUUCACCCUUAAUUAAAACCCUAAUUUCUGAGAUCAGAGAGCCUCAUAAUAUCUUGUAAUUAACGGGUUACUCCCUAUUUUUAGUGGGUUUUUUCUGAGAAUUUAUGCUGUGUGCAAUCAAUCAACAUAUAUGCUUUCUAUCUUUAGCAUAUAUUCUUAGGUUGUAAAUGUCAACUGUGGCCCUGUUCUUUCACUGUUGAAUUUCUGAUCAAUUAAGGGGUUUACUUAGGAAAAGAUUUGGGUUAAACCAAUCCAAACCCCACAAAAGAUUGAACCUUUUUUCUUGCUUUAUUACCCUUUGUUUUAGUAACGCACACAAAGUGUUUGAUAAAAUUCCCCAACCAAAAAACAGAACAUGGAUGAUGGAGAGGUAGAGCCUUCUGAUCCUGCCUUGUUACAGAAUUCAACCACAUGUAAUAGUAAUGAUAUUAGCCUUCCAGGAGGAUCAGCGUCAGUUGAUUCGUUAUUCGAUGAAUUGUUGAAGAAUACCAGAACUUGUACACACACUCAUACUUGUAACCCACCUGGCCCUGAUGCUGCACAUACUCACACUUGCUAUCACACUCACACCCAGGUGUUUUCUUCCGAGGAAGAUACGAAUAACCGGCGAGAGUCCUCGUCUCUGAAGAUUAAACGGCCUUUAGGUAAUCGAGAGGCGGUUAGGAAGUACAGAGAGAAAAAGAAGGCACAUACUGCGUAUUUGGAAGAAGAGGUUAAGAAACUUCGUGUUUUGAAUCAACAUUUGGUUAGAAAGCUUCAAGGGCAGGCAGCUCUUGAGGGAGAGAUACUAAGACUGAGGGCUCUUCUGGUUGAUCUUCGAGGGAAGAUUGAUACUGAGACUUUUAUGUUUCAGAACCAUUGCAGUAGUAACACUGAUAUUAUUAGUUUUAAAGAAGGUGGUUAUGGAACUCAGUCCACUAGUAGUAAAGCAAACAGACUGCAGUGUCAGACCCAAGUUCCAUGUUUCCUUCCACAAGAGAAUCAGUCAAUGAGUAUUGGUAAUGAUCAAGGAGGUGAUAAGCCUGUUUUUUCAUGGCAAGAAAAUUGUCAACCAGCGAUUGUAGAUUGUCAUACUACUGAAAAUGGGAUGGUUGCUACUUCAGAUCACCAGCUUGGAGACAUGGAAAGUUUACUUUCUGCUAAAAAUCAGAGUCAGUAGCUGGACGAAACUUUGAUAUGUAAGAAAAGUUGGUGGUUUUGAACAUCCUGCAGGUGUUGUUGCUUGGUAAUGUAGAUGUAUAAAUUCUGAUGUUAGCGUUGUAUGAAUGUCUUGCACAUGUUUAGUCUUACUGUAAAUUCAGCUUCACAGAUAAAUAUUAUAUACUCCGUAUGUUGACACAACGAUACUGAUCAAUUAUCAAAGAACAUGGUAUGAAAUAUGAUUUGUACAGAUUUUCCUGCUUUA